AACAAAGACACACCACCUCCCACUAUUGUACUAGAAGUGUGCUCCCUGCUGUGUUUACUUGACCUGCUGCACUGUGUGGGUGGAGGUCGCGACACUGUUGGAGAGAUCCAAUCAAACGAUGAAGUGUGUGGGUCGUAUCCUCGUGCGUAACGGUGAGUCUGGCUGGUGCAGCGACCCGGAAGCAGGUAAUACAUCCCUUGCUCAAGGAUACUUCAGCAGGAUGGAGGUGGAGGACUUUCCUCGGUGUUUUAUUCGCCGUCGAUAGUUAAUUAAAGCGUCGAGGGAGGCGGCGCGCUGAGAGGGGAGACCGGAUGAUAUUGUCCGUCAGCCGACACGCAGGCAGCUUAUCGGCACGUCCCAGACAGUACAGGCUCCUCACAACUUUGAUGUACGAUGCAAUUACUAAACUAAUAAAAGCCUCAAGUCGAAACACGGUUGCUGUGGAGGUGGAGGAGGUGGAGGGGUGAAGGGGUGGCGCAUCAGCCCGCCCGCUGCCUUGACAACAUUAUCGCCUCCUAAUCAGCAGUCUGGAGUGGACGGUCGCGCCGCUCACGUUUUAUAGUCAGCGGCAGACUUUGUCUUCAUGAGCGGAGAGUUUAUUCUUCUCAUCCGUUUGUUCACUUCAGCUCAGAGCGUGAGGUAAGCUACGUGCUGGCAGUGCCGCGGCUGGAGAACGGUGCACCGGGGUCCAGCAGUCCUGCACGCUGCUGCCUGCCCGGGACUGGAUUUCUACUGUACAGAUAUAUGUUUUAUAAGCGGAGCUGAAGAUGUUGGGGGACUGGAGGAUCCUGUUCUCGCACGUGUGCAGCACCAGCCUCCUGCUGCUCUGGACCCUCGCCGGCCUGAAUGUGGUGGAGGUGACGGGGUCUCAGCCAGGGAUCCCUCUGUCAGUCGUGAAGCUCUGGGCCUCUGCAUUCGGUGGUGAAAUCAAAUCCAUCUCUGCAAAAUAUUCUGGAUCCCAACUACUGCAGAAGGAGCUGUGGGCUAUCACAGCACCGCGUCCAGGGACCAACUCCAGUUCUGAGACCAGCACUCCAAUCAAGGUCAAUAGCAGGCUCAAUCCUAAAACUACGGCUGCGUGUCUGUGGGAGGAAAGCGGAGGAGCCAGAAGUCCACGCAAACAUGGGGAAAGCGUUCAAACUGCAAUCAAGAGGCGCCUCCAGGCUCCGGGGCCUGCCUGCACCGAGAAAUAUAAAGAAUUUGAAAAGUCAGUCAGAGUGGAAGAAAUUGAUGGCGUGAAACUGGUGAAAAACCUUGCGGUGAAGAUGGAGGAAGUCUUCCGGAAAAAAGCAGAGGCUACCAGGCGGCUGGUAGAGGCGGCGGAAGAAGCGCACCAUCAGCACGAAGAGAACCCCGACCUGCAGUAUGAGUACUUCAACGCUGUGCUGAUCAAUGAAGUGGACGAGCAGGGCAAUAACGUGGAGCUGGGGGGGCAGUUCCUCCUGGAGCCCAACGACCAUUUCAAUAACCUGUCCGUCAACCUGAGCCUCAGCGUGGUGCAGGUGCCCACCAACAUGUACAACAAAGAUCCUGACAUAGUGAACGGAGUCUACUGGUCAGAGGCUCUCAAUAAAGUGUUUGUGGAUAAUUUCGAACGAGAUCCAACGCUGAUCUGGCAGUACUUUGGGAGCGCCAAGGGUUUCUUCAGGCAGUACCCUGGAGUGAAGUGGCACCCAGACGAACAUGGUGUCAUCGGCUUUGACUGUAGAAACAGGAAGUGGUACAUUCAGGCAGCGACGUCUCCGAAGGAUGUUGUAAUCUUAGUGGAUGUCAGUGGAAGCAUGAAGGGACUGAGGCUGACCAUCGCCAGGCAGACUGUCUCCUCCAUAUUAGACACGCUUGGCGAUGACGACUUCUUCAACAUCAUCGCAUAUAACCAGGAGAUCCACUACGUGGAGCCUUGUUUGAAUGGCACGCUGGUCCGAGCCGACAGAACCAACAAAGAUCAUUUCCGCGAACAUCUGGACAAGCUGUUUGCCAAAGGGAUCGGGCUGCUGGGUGAAGCGCUGGCUGAAGCGUUCACAAUCCUGAGUGAUUUUAACCAAACUGGACGCGGCAGCGUGUGCAGCCAGGCCAUAAUGCUGGUGACCGACGGGGCGACUGCAAUGUAUGACGACGUCUUUGAAAAGUACAACUGGCCCGAAAGAAAGGUGCGGAUAUUCCCUUACCUGAUUGGACGAGAGUCCGCAUUUGCUGAUAACCUCAAAUGGAUGGCCUGUGCCAACAAAGGAUACUUCAGUCAGAUCUCCACCUUAGCAGACGUUCAGGAGAACGUGAUGAGGUAUCUCCACGUCAUGAGCCGCCCAAAGGUCAUUGAUCACGAGCACGACACGGUGUGGACUGAAGCCUACGUGGACAGUGCUCUUUCGCAGGCUUAUAAGAUGAAGGAGAAAGCCGGCCCAGCUCUGAUGACCACAGUUGCCAUGCCUGUGUUCAGCACAAAGAAUGAAACGAAGAACCAGGGUAUUCUGUUGGGGGUCGUAGGAACAGACAUCCCUCUGCAGGAGCUGAUGAAGCUCAUCCCUAAACAUAUGUUAGGGAUCCAUGGGUACGCGUUCGCUAUCACGAACAACGGCUACAUCCUGACGCACCCGGACCUCAGACCCUUGUAUCAGGACGGUCAGAAGAGGAGGAAGCCCAACUACAGCAGCGUGGAUCUCUCAGAGGUGGAGUGGGAAGACAAAGAUGAUGCCCUACGUAACGCUAUGGUGAACAGAAGGACAGGCACUUUCUCCAUGGAGGUGAAGAAGACUGUGGAUAGAGGGAGACGUGUCCUGAAGAUGCACAAUGACUAUUACUACACUGACAUUAAAGGGACACCAUUCAGUGUCGGAGUGGCUCUCUCCAGAGGUCAUGGAAAGUACUUCUUCCGAGGAAAUGUGUCAGUUGAAGCUGGGCUCCGUGAUCUGGAACAGCCAGAUGUCGCCCUAGCAGAUGAAUGGACUUACUGCAACACAGAGGAGCAGCACGAGCACCGUCACCUGACCCAGAUUCAAGCCAUCAAGCUCUUCAUGACGGGCCGCAGACCACACCUCAAAUGUGACAGAGAGCUGAUCCAGGAGGUGUUAUUUGAUGCAGUGGUCACAGCUCCACUGGAGGCCUACUGGACCGGACUCGCCCUCAACAAGUCAGAGAACUCAGACAAAGGAGUGGAGAUUGCCUUCCUGGGCACACGCACCGGCCUGUCGAGAACCAACCUGUUUGUGCCCGCCGAUCAGCUCUCCAAUCGAGACUUCCUGACAGCGGAGGACAAGGAGGGUGUGUUUAAUGCUGAUCACUUCCCUCUGUGGUACAAGAGAGCGGCAGAGCAGGUCCCUGGCACAUUUGUCUACUCCAUCCCCUUCAGCACAGCUUUAGAGAAUAAGAGCGUGGUCUUGGCCAGCACUGCAAUUCAGCUCCUCGAUGACAGAAAGUCUCCAAUUGUUGCAGCUGUCGGGAUCCAGAUGAAGCUCGAGUUCUUCCAGAGGAAGUUCUGGACCGCCUGCAGACAGUGUACAGCCCUGGAUGGAAAAUGUAGCAUUAGCUGUGAUAACGAGGACAUUAACUGUUAUCUCAUUGACAACAACGGCUUCAUUCUCGUCACAGAGGAGCAAUCUCAGACAGGGCUCUUCUUUGGAGAGGUGGAGGGUGCUGUUAUGAACAAACUUCUACAAAUGGGGUCCUUCAAAAGGAUCACGCUGUAUGAUUACCAGGCCCUUUGCAAAGAGUAUGCUGGGAGCAGCGACAGUGCACGCACUUUAUCAGAUCCCUUCACUGUUGUGAAAUGGCUCCUGACCGAACUUGUCAUUUUUCUGCUAGAAUUUAACCUUUACAGCUGGUGGAAUAUCGACCUUUCUGUUAAAGCUCAGAGAUCUCGGGGUAAACAUAUGAUGGUGCCAUGUGAUACAGAAUACCCUGCCUUUGUCUCCGAACGCACCAUCAAAGAAACGACAGGCAACAUCGACUGUGAGGGCUGUUUCAGAUCUUUUGUCAUACAGCAGAUUCCCAGUAGCAACCUCUUCAUGGUGGUCGUGGACAAUAAGUGUGACUGCAGCAGUGCCCCUCCAGUAACAAUGGAUCCUAUCGAGAUCAUGUACAACGAGUCACUUAAAUGUGACAGACUGAAGUUUCAGAAGGACAGGAAGAAGCCUGAAUCGUGUCAUCCUUUCCACCCUGAGGAAAAUGCCAUGGAGUGUGGUUCAGCAACACGCCUCACCAGCGCUCUGACAGCAGCUCUGCUCCCUCUGAUAGCAGCGACCAUCAGCAGGUGACCUUUAGCAGGAGAGCUGGACGUCAGUAAGGACUAAAUCAACAGAGGGAUGCUUACAGUAUAAACACAUAGAGAACAUGGCCAAAUGAAUUUGCUCAUACCUCUGCAACAGGCAGCGCUCUACUAAGAAAAAAUCUUUACCUGUAGUACUGAGGCUCACAUCCAUUAAAGCAGAAAACAUGAACAAUGUGGUGCAGCUAAAGAAAAUGAGAAAAAGUGUUGAGUGACUUUGCUUAGAGCAUCAAGUCACUGACAGUUUGCCAUAUUGUCCAGAAUGUGUGCUGAAAUCAAGAGAAAGAAAUGCAGUACGUCAGCAGUAAAAACAGAUGCCUGCAGUAGGAGAACAGGUAUUUCUUGUAAACGUAUAAAACAGGUCCUUUGUGCAAAGGAUGAUCAUAAGAAAACAAAUGUGUUUGUUUCUUUCUUGUUAGGAAAAAAUGAAGGCUAAUAUAAGUCUGCGGAAUGUAAAAUGCACUUUUGUCGUAUGUGGAAAAAAAUGCAGAGCGGUCUAUAUUUUUGGCAGUAAGUUGCUAAAAACAGUUGACAAUGCUGUCAUAGUUUUUCUUUCUUUAAAUAUUUUAAGUUUAUUUUGUAACUAAAAUGUUUUUUCCUUGUUUAUGUGUCAUGUAAAAUACAAGCGAGACAACAGAACAUUAAAACUUGCUUUAUUCUGCCAGUUUUUAAGACAUUUCAGACAAGCUAAAGAUGCAUGAGGAAAAAGAUACAUUGAUAUAUUCAGUCAUUUGUCAAGGUGACCUCAAGGUGAUAUUCUGAAACACAUGUUUAAGAAAGCUGAUGAAUAAAUACAAAGAAAUAUUUUCCUUCCUUUAUUUAACAGUUGUGUUAUUUUCUGUGUCUGUGUGUGCGCAUGUGUGGCAAUGUUGUGGUGAUGCCAGUUUGUAUAGUAUCGGACAUGGAAUAUUACUGGGAAGAAUGAGGCCACAUAACACAACUAACAAGUUAAACAUAUAAACAUAAAUGUUUUAUACAGAAUAUACUAAUUCACAGAAUGGUAUUAAUGGGAGACUGAUUUAGUUACAGAAUACAGUCACAACAGUCUCUAGCAAA